UUCUCUCUCUCUCACACCCCUCUCUCAUUUUCCUCGGUUUCUCCUUUCUUUACACGGCUUCUCUCUCUUUCUCUCUCUCUCUCUCCGGCGUCGUUUCAAGCUUCGACCUUUAAAUUCUCGCCGGAAAAGCGUUUAUUCCCCGUCGUCUUUUGGAGUUUGCUAGUGAUUUUUUCCGAUCCCCUUCCUUUUUCUAGCCAUGAAUCCCGAAUAUGAUUACUUGUUCAAGCUGUUGCUCAUUGGAGAUUCUGGUGUUGGCAAAUCAUGUUUACUUCUGAGGUUUGCUGAUGAUUCAUAUCUGGACAGCUACAUAAGCACGAUUGGUGUCGACUUUAAAAUUCGCACUGUGGAACAGGAUGGGAAGACAAUUAAACUUCAAAUUUGGGACACAGCAGGUCAAGAGCGUUUUAGGACAAUCACCAGCAGCUACUACCGUGGAGCUCAUGGCAUCAUUGUUGUUUAUGAUGUUACAGACCAAGAGAGCUUCAACAAUGUUAAGCAAUGGUUGAAUGAAAUUGAUCGCUAUGCAAGUGAGAAUGUGAACAAGCUUCUAGUUGGAAACAAGUGUGAUCUCACAGCAAAUAAAGUAGUAUCCUAUGAGACAGCUAAGGCAUUUGCGGAUGAAAUUGGAAUCCCCUUCAUGGAAACAAGUGCCAAGAAUGCUACCAACGUGGAGCAGGCUUUUAUGGCCAUGGCUGCUGAGAUUAAGAACAGGAUGGCCAGCCAACCGGUGAACAAUGCCAGGCCUCCAACUGUGCAGAUCCGAGGACAGCCCGUCAACCAGAAGUCUGGUUGCUGCUCAUCUUAGAGGGGGAAAUGUUCUGGUGGUUAAAGAUGUUAAUUGGUGGUUAAAGAUGUUAAUUGGUGUUGUCCGUGGAAUGUAAAACUAGUUCUUUAUGUUAAUGCUUUCAUAUGCAGAUUAUUGUCCUCAUGAAUUGCUUUUCUCGUCAGUUGUCAGCACUAUGUUAAAGAUUCCAUUCUUUUCAAUGUAUUUGAUUUUCAAAAACAUUUGUACAAAUUAGGGAAUAUUGAUGGAUAGCAGUAUUUGCCUUGUUAUGUUCUGUUA